UUAUCAAAACCAACAGUUUAUCAAUAUAGUAGAUCCUAUAAUAUCAUAAGCAAUAGUAAUGCAUUCCACACUUGUUGUAUUGCUGCUUUCAGCAGCUGCAAUUUCUGCUGCAGUUUCAUCGGACUUUAAACCAAGCCCAAGAUACCAUCCAACAUUGGGACUCCAUCCUUACCAACCCAAACAUAAAAUUGGUAUUACAGUCAAGGACAUUACCACCACACCCGAAUUCAACGAUGUUGUCCAAUACUUGGAAUACAAUUUGUCACCAAGUGACAUCGAAGAAAUGUUGCAAACCCUUCCAGAAGCAUUCAACGCUGUAGAGUCCGCUGAUGACGACGAAGAGCUUGCAGCCGAACCACGUUCAAUGGGAAGUGCAAUUCCAUGGGGAAAAAUUACUGACGCCCUCAGGAAAAUGUCCAAAAACAACUCAAAAUUCACUAAGGUUUUGAAUUUGGUUACCGAUCAGAAAUUCAGAGAUCUCGUUAAAAGGGCUGUGAACUCACACACUUUGGCUGAAUUUGUUAAGGGUGUUGCUGAACAUGGUUUCAGUUGGACUGAAUUCUUGCAUUUGAUGCUUCAUGCUCUCUGCUCAACUGCAACAACAAUUCAACAUGACAAAUACUCUGUUGGAGUUUGCCAAGUUCUACAAAACAUUUAAAUUAUGGCUGAAUUUGAAAUAAUAAACUGAGGUUUUAAAGCUGGCUAAAUUA